CCCCCCUGCCCGAGCGUCGCCAGCUGCCUCAGUGCGCCGUGCUCUCACCCUGUCUCCGAUGCGCCUGCCGCUGGCGCGUGCGCCUCUCCGCUCUCCCUCUCGCGCCGCGCUCGUCGCCCCCGCGCCGCGUGCCUUUGCCUCUUCUUCGCGCGCCGCCGCCCCGGCCUCCUCCUCUUCCUCGGGCAGCGCCGCGCCCAGCAGUGCCGCCGCCGACGCCGCGCGCGCCCGCAAGCGCGCCCAGACCAAGCAGCGCGAGUGGGCCCUCGUGGGUGCAUCGGGCGUCUUUGCCGCCACCGGUGCCUGGUAUCUCUUCUCCGACGGCAGCAGCGGCAGCAGCAAGGCCGCCGCUCCAGCGUCCUCCAGCGGCAGCCGCAGCAGUGCAGCCACGGCUGCACCCGUGUCCUUCGAGAUCACCGUGCGGGGGCCAAGCGGCGCGCACUCGCGCACCAUCACCGCCCUCACGCAGCGCGAUGCCGAUGCGCGCCUCAAGACGCACGAGACGAGCACGACGGUGGGGCGCGCCGCGUGCGUCGUCAGCCGCUACGACACCAACGGCGUCGCGUCCAACGAGCCCAUCGAGGACCGCCACGCGGAGGCCGUCGUGAUGCGCGAUGCGGAGCUGGCGGGCGCAGACAGCAAGGGCGACCUGGCCUUCUUUGCCGUCAUGGAUGGCCACGCCGGCUGGGCGACGAGCGAGCUGCUGAAGCACCAGCUCAUCCCCUCCGUCGCGGCCGAGCUGGACGCCGUCUUCCGCGCCUCGGGCGAGUACGCGGCGCUGGCGCAGAGCAAGGCCGCGCUGCCCGCCAAGGCCUGGCGUGCGCUCUUUGGCGCGCCCAGUGGCGCACCUACGGACCGUCUCGAGGCAGACCCGGCCGUCGUGGCGCGUGCGCUCUCCAAGGCCUUUGUCGCGCUCGACUCGAGCAUCACGGAGACGCCCGUGGCGCUGAUGAAGCAGUACGAGGCGGCGCGCAUUGCUGCCACUGCCUCGGGGCACGGCUCGGAGCUAGGCCCACAGCCCGCGCCCACGCCGGGCAGCUUUGCCUCCAUCCUGCCCUCGUCUGCACGCGCCCUGUCGCCCGAGGCAGAGCGUGCGGCAGCCCUGCGGCGCCAGGGCUACGAGGCGCUCUUGCCCGCCAUCUCGGGCGCCUGCGCGCUGUUGACGUACGUCGACUCGGCGCGCGGCGACGUGUAUGUCGCAUGCACGGGCGACAGUCGGGCCGUGGCAGGCUGGUGGGAUGAGAAGGCGAAGCGAUGGGAGGUGGAGGCGCUCAGUGAGGAUCAGAUGGGCCGCAAUCCGAAGGAGGUGCAGCGCAUGCAGAACGAGCACCCAGCCGAGGAGCGUGACGCCGUCAUUAUGCGCGGCCGUGUGCUCGGCGGACUGGAGCCGACGCGGGCGUUCGGCGAUGCGCGCUACAAGUGGAGCCGCGAGCUGCAGGGGCAGCUCAACACCUCGCUCAUCCCCGGCGGAGAGUACACGGUGCGGCCGCCGCCCCGAGCGCUGCUCACGCCGCCAUACGUCACGGCGCGCCCGGAGGUGACAUGGCGGCGCACGGCGAGCAAGGAGGGCAAGCAGCUGCGCUGGAUCGUCAUGGCCACCGACGGCCUGUGGGACAUGCUGCCCACGCAGGAAGUGGGCAACCUCGUCUCUGCGCAUCUCGACGGCACGCGCGGCACCUACUCUGCCACGGCGCUGCAGGCGCGCCUCGAAGGCGCCGCCACUGCCGCACAGAGUACAGCAGCAGCCGAUGGCGACGAGGCGGCUGCGCAGCAGCAGCUGCUGGCCAAGCGCCGGACAGGACACCACCCGCUCAAUGCAGGGCGCGAGAACCAGUACACCUUCGAGGACGCCAAUCUCGCCACGCAUCUCAUCCGCAAUGCCCUCGGCGGCGCAGACACGGACCGCCUCACCAGUCUGCUCGCCAUCCCGGCGCCCGAGAGCAGACGCUACCGCGACGACGUGACCGUCUCUCUGCAUAGCGUCAUUCUGUUCAACGGUGCGGACACUGCCGGCGCCUCCGCCCCAGCCGCCGCCGACGACAAGAGCGCGGCGCCUGCGCCAAAAGCCAAGCUGUAACGAUGGAGGGAAGCAAAAUGAUGCAUUCGGGCCGCUCCGCUCAGUAGCCCACGCGUGAGGGGCGCGCAAAGCUGCUGCCCAGGUCGUCGGCGCCGCGCGUCGCCGAGGCUUCUCUGCGCCGGCCAGCGGCAGCAGGCAGCGGCGACGCGGCGGGCGUGGCGCCCGGACUGGUGCCGAAGUGCGCCGGAGAGGUGGCGAAGCCGCCCGUGGAGGAGGAGCCGCUGGGCGAGCGGGAGC